CUUCAAUUCCUUUUCGAUGCAAUUCCUCCCCCCUCCCCCCGCCCAAGGCGAUUUGAAAGCGUCCAACCGGCACUCAGGAGACGCCAGCGAAUGAGAAGCGAGCUGGAAACUUCAAAACAGUCUCGCGAAGCCGGCUGCCCUUUGAAGGUGGCGCGUUGGGCGUUUUUACGCGCAGGUGAAUAAAAGAACACUAGAAACUUGGAAAUAUUACUCUAUUUUGGUAGGCCUUUGAUACCAAAGAUGUCCACCCCUAUCUUCAUAGACAAAGAAAAUGGUGACAUCGGCACUGCUGCUGCUUCAAAGAAUCGACUGAGACUGCUGUCCGUAGCACCUUCGAAGGCUGUUGUUGAAAAAUCUCACCCAAAGACUCCACUUGCUGGAAGGGCAGCUAAUGUAAAUUCAGCAACCAUCUAUUCUGUCAAGAAGGCUCUCGGAAAUGGGAGCACGACAUUAACAUCCACAAAGCACCAAAUCCCAAAAGGAAAGAAGUUCGUACCUGCAAAAAAGGUUGCUGAGUAUACAGGUAGAGCUGAAGACUGCAGCAUGGCCACUGAAGACUGUCCAGAAAAGGAGAAUUUCUUUCCUUGUAAUCCUCUAGACUUUGAGAGUUUUGAGGUUCCUGAGGAGCACAGACUGAGUCAUUUAUCACUGAUUGGUGUUCCUCUGAUGACAUUUGAAAAUACAUCUGAGAGUUUUCAAAGCAUGAUCCAUAUAACUGGAAAACCACCUUCAGUUUCUUGGGACUUUGAUACGCUUCAGUUGACUACAGACUUCCUAGCUACUUUCGAUGAAAUAGUAAUUGACUUGCCACCUCCUCCGUAACAUAUAUGUAUACCUUUUAAACUGUAUUCUGAACACAUUUUAUCUAUUGAAAUAAAGAACUUAUGCUCUGUA